UCUGAACGCGUCAUGUGACUCGCGCACCACGUGACCACUAAUAAAAAUGGCGGCGCACUGUUCUACAAGACUAGCAGCAACAACAAGAUCAGGACUGGGUGGUUUCCUGUGGAGAGUUUGUUGUCUAAGAAGCGGCGGUCCCCCCACAGCCCUACUGUGUCAGCAACAUCGGCAUUUCUUCUGGAAGAAGUGGCAAAGUUCUCACAAAGUAGUUCGCCCAGCUACCGUUAGGCCUGCCUAUGCAGUACCCAAGCACAUUGUGCGACCUGGCUAUGUAGACACUAGACUGGUCCCAGAAUGGCCAGACUACAUAGAGAUCAAGAGCCAAGAGCAGAUUGAAGGCCUUGCUAGAGCAUGUCAGCUAGCCAGACAUGUACUGCUACUAGCUGGACACAGUCUGAAGGUUGGUAUGACAACAGAUGAAAUAGACUUCAUCGUACACCAGGAGACAAUCAAGCACAAUGCCUACCCCUCCCCUCUCAGAUACGGGGGUUUCCCCAAAUCUGUCUGUACGUCUGUGAACAACGUGGUCUGUCAUGGCAUACCUGACAGUCGGCAACUUCAAGACGGAGAUAUCAUCAAUAUUGAUGUCACUGUAUAUUUGGAUGGUUUCCAUGGUGACACCUCAGAAACUUUCUUGAUUGGCGAGGUGGAUGAGGUUGGGCGGCGAUUGGUAGAAACUGCCAGGCUUUGCAGAGAUGAGGCCAUCGCUGCCUGCAUGCCGGGUGCACAGCUCUGUGUUAUAGGAAACACUAUCAGUGAAAUAGCUCAUGCCAGUGGCUUCCAAGUGUGUCCUUAUUUCAUUGGACAUGGAAUAGGCUCCUACUUUCAUUGCCAUCCUGAGAUCUGGCACCAUGCUAAUGACAAUGACAUGACCAUGGAUGAGGGCAUGGCAUUCACAAUAGAGCCCAUACUGAUGGAGGGGUCUGUAGAGUUUAAAAUAUUGAAGGACAAGUGGACCGCAGUGUCUGCAGAUGACAAAAGGUCGGCUCAGUUUGAACACACAGUGGUCAUCACAUCUGACGGAGUAGAUAUUCUCACCAAACUGCCAGAAGAGAGCAACGGUGACCUGAAGGGAUCUGACUGCUGACCCACACAUCUACUGUUUGAACCAUGUUUACAUCAACAACUACCUUUAUGAUAAUAUAAAACACACCAUUAGAACAAGAACUUGAAUCUGUAAAUCUGUAAAUUGUGUAAAAAGAAAAAUAAAUUUUACUUUUAAUCAUUUACAAGGGAUUAGACAUGCAGUAUCUGUAUAUUCAGUUGGACCAUUUCAGUCUGUUCUUUUGCUACCCCAUCAGCAGGUGACCAGUUUUGUACUUGAUGACAGACCGUUCAGUGACAGUUAAAUGUGAUUUGAAUUGAACUAGAAAGGAUUUGUAACAGUUAAAUGGGAGUAACACUAGCAUGGUCUAAACCAGGAUGUUAGACUUGCCACCAAUCAAACACUAAAGUCUUCUGAUUAUUUAAUAAAGUCACACAAGCUCAAAUUUUAUGUUUUCAUUUAACUGAGUAAUUAUAUUUUCUAUAAUAUAUACCUCACUCCACUAUUGGACUAAAAGAAAUCACAUUUUUAAAUGUUAGUCUGAAAUAUCUGAAUCCUUUAACACACAAUUUGUUGACUUAUUUUUUCAUUAACCCCCCUAAAUCCCAGGAAUAUGGGGGUUCCUAGUAGCUCACCUGGUGGAGCUUGUGCCCCCUGUAUCGGGACUGAGUCCUUGCUGCAGUGGUCCAUGUUCAGGUCCAACUUGUGGCUCUUUGCUGUAUAUCAUCAUAUGAAGGCAAAAAGUCCUUUAGAAAAUCUAAUACAACAAAUAUUGCACAAGACAUUACGCCAGUGUUCUCAACAGUAGCUAUGGUUCCUGAAUACGAGCUCAGCUGGAGCUAUGUGGUCAAGGUAUCUGAAUCAUGAAAUACAAACUGCAUAAUCAGAUACUGUGACAAUAAUGUCAGUGGAAAUAUGUCCCUUGGUAACAUGUUGAAUAGCCAGUAGAUGGCAGCACACACACUAAUACAUUGGAGCAUGUUGCAGCCAGCACAGUCUUCCCCCUUCACUCUAUUCACUUGUGAUGGACAACAGCACAACUGCAUCUGACCAUCUCAAAUUUGUUUGUGGCCCAUAAUCAGGAGGGGGAGACAAACAAUCUCAGUAAGUGUACGCCUGCCUCCUGAUGUCAAAGUCAGGAGUAAGUUGAAAGUCCGGUCCCAAGGCCUGAGGUUAUCUAGUUUAUCAACUGCUUAACAUGAAGCUUUUCAGUAUCACUUUGUUUUCUAUGAAAGACUGAACAUGUUGAAGACACAUUGCUGCUUCAGCAUUGUAAUUUCCAAGUGUAGAAACAUCCUUUUGGGCUUUAACCGUUCCUCUGUCUAUAUCUUUUGUCUACAGGUGGAUUUAAUAAAGAAAAGAACCAUAGAUAAGAUAUCUCGCAACACCCUUUCUCUCUUUACCUCAUCUACUUUUACAGUAACACUCAACAUCUCUGACAUUUCUCUCUGUGAUUAGAGCAGAAAUUACGGGUUUGUUAAUUCACACAGAAGUUGGAUUAGAGUGCAGCAUGUGAGUGAUUAAAAGUGUCUCCUACCAACCUACAACAA